CUUCAAGCAAACAAGGGCUGUUCAACAACUUCUUAGUCAGGGAAAGGAUGAAGGAGGAAUACCUGGUACCUGAAAAAGUAUAAAAACAAAUAUCUACAGGCAUGAGAACUCAUCAAAGGUCAUAAACAAAGACUUGAAUACUUUCAUGAAGAAGCCAGGUCUCUAUUUGAUACAGGAUAAGUUGAAGACAAAUAUGACAUGUCCACAGAAGAAAUUGGAGACUUUUAAUACUCACAGAUUCAACAAAAUGAGCAAAAUUUCUCCAAAAAGACUUAAGAAGCAUAAGUUGAUUAUGAAUAAAAGGCACUGUAAAAUAUUAAAUCUCCAAGGCUUGAUGAUGAAAAAGCGAGGAAGGAGCAGACGUCUUUUGGAUAAGCAUAAGCAUCCUUAUUUCAAAUCACUAAAGGAUCAUAAAUAAGUUGAUCAUUGAACCAACCCAUAGUUUGAGUACAGAGCGAUAUUACCCCAAAAAAGAAUAUAAAGACAAACAUUUCAUUAGAGACAUCUUGACAGAUAGAGAUGACAAAGAACACAGCCGAAAUGUAGAAGACUGACAGAUCGGAAACUUUAGUUUAUCAGCAACACAAGUUGGAUGAUCUCAGAGAGAUAGAACAAGUAUCGGCCAAUACCAAACCUUCAGUACAAAUCUUAAAAUAUGAGGGCGUGGCAUCAAAGACGUUAAAGAUCAGAUAAAAGAUUACCAAAAGAAGAUCGAAUUCCAAAAAUUUAAAGAGUUAUCUAACUCAAUGACAGAGAAUGAUAGAGGGAUUUCACGGCUUCAUAGAUUGCUUCUUGAUACUUCUAGGUUAUUAGAGCCGAAAAUAAAAACACCAGGUAGAAGGAAUAUCAACUUUGCAGAUCAUGGAGAAAGAAAUAUUGUAUUCUCUUCAACAGGAAUAUCUAAGAUGAUCUUUCAAUAG